AGGCGGCGCUCGGAGCUCCUCAUCCAGUGAGGAGCGAGGGUAGUCUGACACGGGGCGUGGCCUCGCUCGGCAGCCCCGCCCCUUUCCCCCCACUGGCAAGCGCGAGAGAUGUACCAGGGCAGUGGAAGCAACUAUUGGAGUGAGGAGGCGAGCGAGAGAGGAAGGAAACGGGAAGCGGGGGUCUCGGGAUGAACGGCUCGGCUCGGGCUCUCUUCGACAGCAAGGAGCGCGUCCUGUUGCUGGGCGAGAGUUUCGAGAAGCAGCCGCGCUGCGCCUUCCACACCUUGCGCUAUGACUUCAAACCUGCAUCAAUUGAUACAUCUUGUGAAGGAAACCUUGAAGUUGGUAAAGGUGAACAGGUAACAGUAAUGUUGCCAAAUAUUGAGGGCUCUACUCCACCAGUAACAGUUUUCAAGGGUUCCAAGAAGCCAUAUCAAAAAGAAUGCAUCUUAAUAAUUAACCAUGACACUGGCGAAUGUAGACUAGAGAAACUUAGUAGCAAUAUCACAGUGAAGAAAACCAGAGGUGAAGGCAGCAGCAAGGUGCAGUCUCGUAUUGAGCACCACCAGCAGCAGCUAAUGAAACACACCAAUAAGAUGCCAAACAACCACAAAUCUUCUCCACCAAAAGAAAAGGUGUCUUCACCUUCUCCUAUGGAUGAUAUUGAAAGAGAGCUAAAAGCAGAAGCUAAAGUCAUAGAGCAAAUGGGCAGCUCUGAUAGUUCAUCGGAAUCAAAGAGUUCAUCCGCUUCAUCAAGUAGUGAAAACAGCUCUAGUGAUUCAGAAGAAGAAGGAUCAAAGCUAUCGCUUCCCUUGUCAAUGCCACACCUGCAGCCACCACAUCCCAUGAUGACAGUAUCCCAACAGGCGUUCCCAGAUGUAGAUAUUGGAUAUCGCAGAAGUCAAGAGAGCAGCGGCCGUUUGAUGAGUACACUGAGAAAUGAUCUCCAGUUAAGUGAUUCUGGAAGUGACAGCGAUGAUUGAAGAUGCUUUGAAGUUUUGAAGAUGCAUUAUUUUCCUUGAAGAUGAAAAGACAGUUAUUUUGCACUAAAUAAUAAAAUUAGAACCAUGUUAUGAACUUUGAUAAUGAAGUUGACUUAAUUUUUAUGACAUGAAGUUCAGCAUUCCUUAUGCCAUAACUUUAUAUGGCUUUUCUAAAUGUCUGGAUAUUGGAUAUUUUAGCCAAGCCAGAGUAGCUUCUACUACCUCCUUUACUUAAAAGUUGAAACAACUAACUAUUCUGUGUGACUUAAAUGUGGAGGAAAUAUUUGUUUAUGAUAUACGUAUUUUGGAUAAAACUUUUACUUGAGCAAACAUGUUUAUAAGUAAGAGAAAACAAAUAGUUGAUAUCUGUUACGUUUUUAUUCUUGGGAGCUAAUGCUACUAAAGUACUUUCUAAUCAACAGUAUGGGACUAUCCAAUUUUAUGUAAUAAUUGAGCUGUAAUGAACACAAUCUGAAAAUCCAAAUUAGCAUACCUCAUAUGGGUAUUGCUAAAUUUCUUGUCUUUGGUAAUAAUGAAUUAAUAGCUUUAGAAUCUUGGCAACUAAAGGUAUAUUAUAUAACAUAAAUGUGCUCUUCAAAUUCUGUUAAGAUCAAUGAAUUGCUUUUGAUUGGCUGAGAAAUAAUAAAAUAUUUAUCAUUUCCUUAAUAA